CGCCGGACCCUGUCCCUUCCGGCGCCGGGUAAGAGGUGGCGGCGCGUGGGCAGGCAUGGCGGACCCAGCCGAGGCGGCUGAGGCCGGGUCCGGAUCCGGGUCCGUGGGGAAGCAAAAAGGAAAACAAAAAAGCAAAAAGAAAGCGGCGGCAGUUGAUGAAUCUGAACUUCUCACUGUACCUGAUGGAUGGAAAGAACCAGCCUUUACAAGAGAAGAUAAUCCCAAGGGGCUGCUGGAAGAAAGUAGUUUUGCAACGCUGUUCCCAAAGUACAGAGAAGCGUACUUGAAAGAGUGCUGGCCACUCGUCCAGAAAGCCUUGAGUGAACAUUAUGUGAAUGCAACGCUGGAUCUGAUUGAAGGAAGCAUGACCGUCACUACCACUAAGAAGACAUUUGAUCCAUAUGUGAUUAUCAGGGCUAGAGAUUUAAUAAAACUUCUGGCAAGAAGCGUUCCAUUUGAACAGGCAGUUCGUAUCCUUCAGGAUGAUGUUGCAUGUGACAUCAUUAAAAUAGGCUCUCUGGUGAGGAAGAGAGACACUUUUAUAAAAAGAAGAGGACGACUCCUUGGGCCUAAAGGAUCUACUCUGAAGGCCCUGGAACUGUUAACAAACUGUUAUAUUAUGGUGCAAGGCAACACUGUUUCUGCUCUCGGACCCUUUAGUGGGCUGAAAGAGGUUAGAAAAGUCGUUCUGGACACAAUGAAGAAUAUACAUCCCAUAUAUAACAUUAAGACUUUGAUGAUCAAAAGGGAAUUAGCAAAAGAUCCUGAACUGAGGACACAAAGUUGGGAAAGAUUUUUGCCCAAGUUCAAGCGGAAGAACUUGAAAAAACGCAAGGAGCCAAAGAAGAAAAAUACUAAGAAGGAGUACACACCGUUCCCACCUCCACAGCCAGAAAGCCAGGUUGAUAAAGAAUUGGCAAGUGGUGAAUACUUCUUGAAAGAAAGACAGAAGAAACGAAAGCGAGUGGAAGAGAUAAAGGCAAAGCAAGCAGAUGCAGUCAAGAAAAGACAAGAAGAGAGAAAUAAAGCUUUUAUCCCACCAAAGGAAAAGCCAGUUAUGAAAACAAAGAAAGCCUCCUCUGAGAAAAAAAUUGAUAUCAAUGCCAUCAAGGAAAAGGUAAAGAAUGCAAAGACGAAGAAAUUAGGAGCACUUCCUGUGGAAGAAGUCAAGUUAAAAAUGGCAGCAGAUGAAAAGAAAAAAAAGAAAAAGAAAUAGUUCACCACCUAAAAUGCUUACUUUCCUCCUAUGUUAAUGAACAUUGUCAAACAUAGAUUUGAGACUUCUUACUGUUGGUUUCAUCUGGACAAGAAAAGACGAGAUAGAAAGAUAAUUCUCUUUUCCCUAAGUAUGAUGUAAUUGUCAGACCUAAUGCGGCUGUGCAGAAUUGCCAAGGUUGGUGAAGAAAAUCUGCACUGCUGUGUUUGAGAAGGUAAGAGAAUGUAUUUGGGUAAUAUCCGUCUGCAUACGGGGGCAGUUUCCUACUAGAAACAUUUAGGAGUUUGGUGCAGGAUGUUAAACAUUAGAGUUUGAGAACUCAAUGGGAGCUUAAAGUAAUUCUACUGUGAAAGACUACCAGACUAUACACAGCCUCAUUUAUGGUCAUAACUUUUGCAAAACAGGCAAGAUUUAUUACUAUAUUAUGCUUUUGUUCCUAUAAAAGCUGAUUAUUUUUACAUGUUGUGUCUUGUCGUGAUGUUAAUAAACUAUUUUAAUACUU